AGGCUUUUUUAAUGUCCGUACUUUGUCACAAGAAAUCAAGGAUGUUAUGGAACUGUUUUCUGUGAAAUUUCGUUACCAAAGAUGUAAACGUGAAAACAAAAGCAGCCAAAUGCAAAGUGAUUUGAACGAUGAGGGCGGCUACAGGAACUUUCUGACGUCUUGUUUUCAGGCCUGCUACGAAAACCCUCUGUACGAGGAGGAUGUUAAAGAAUACCAGAACAGCAGCAGCACCAGCAGCAACAACCACGUGGCUGGCCAGGACUUUAAGGCGACAACCCAGGACCACCGGACCCCGCCCAGGCCCGACCGCCGGGUCCCAGCCCUGGACCACCACAAGGCGAGUCGGGGUCUCAAGGACUACAUGCACUGCCGGCCCCCUCACCCCCACGAACAAAUCACCUUCAAGCCCCCCAAGUCGCCGAGGACUCGUAGGUUUUGGAUUAUCGUCUUCGGCCUCCUCGCCGUCACCAUCGUAGCCAUCAUCAUCGGCGUCCUGGCCACCGUUGUCGAAAAAGACAACUCAUCUCAUGCUGUAGUGUCCGCAUCAUUGGCUGUGAUAACUCGAACAAAGAAGCUCAAGUGUAGCCUUAGAAUUAUAGAUGGACCCUUUUCUACGUAUUCCAGCGACUACAGAGAUACAAACUCUCCCAUAUACAAAUAUUUUGAAAAGUCAUUUAAAUAUAAGGUACGUAAAUAUGAGCAAGGUGUUAGUAUUUGAGGAGGCGGGAUUUAGCUCAGUGGGUUGAGUGCUCGCUGUAAGUGCUUGCGUCGCAGGAUCGAACCACCUAGGUGAAUCCAAUCAACUGAUUGAAGGCCCUGGUGUGUGCAUUCCUGUCUUUAGGGAAGUGUAUUAAAAGAUCCCUUGCUGCAUUAGGAAAAUUGUAGCGGGUGUCAGAAGUAAAAAAUGUAUGACAUCCAAUAGCUGAUGAUUAAUUAAUCAAUGUGAUCUAGUGGUGUCGUUAAACAAAACAAAAAAACUUUAUUAUUUGAGGAAGUGCCCCACACCAUAGUACAUGCUUCAUAUUGUUAUAUCAUAUCGCACUGUGAUAACGUAGCUUUA